AUGGCGCAGUGGGAAGAAUUCGAUGAUACUUUCAGCUUCAACAAUAAGUACUCCUACGACUCAAAGACGGUCGAGCAGAUUGUUGCCAAUCGCCGCGCACUCGAGGGACAGCUCUUCGCUGAUCGGCUUCUUGGGCUUCUUGGUAUUAGAGGAGUUACCAAGGUGUAUCCUCCCAAGUCAAAUGCAGACCUCCGAGCUCUUUUCGAUGACAUUGUCGCCUCCGAGUUCGAUAGUCACCACAAACAAGCCUUGAUUUACUAUCUUCUCAAGGACUGUCGCAAUGCGCUGGGCGCAGCGGCCGACUUUGCUCAGUCGUGCUAUCUCCCGGAGAAAUACCGUCUCUUUAUCGAGGGCCUAUGGCAUAUGGACCGUCUUGACUUCAGGAGUGCUAUUUCAUACCUCGCCGAACCCUCCUUGGUUCCUACCUUCCCCGACGAAAUCCUUUACGCCCUCACCCUGUCCCAACUUCCUAAGCAUGAUGACAAUAUUGCUAUCACAUAUUACCUGGCCGCAGCUCCUCCGUUGGCGACGGCAAAAGUUCAGCGCGCGUACUUCGAAACCCUCUGCCGAUCUUCUGUGACAGAGGCCUUCUACUUUACCCGCAAAUACGACGAAUAUCACCGUCACGCCUACUUCGAACAACUUCUCGAGUUCGUCUUGAGGACCCCUGCUGGCCAAAGCCGGAGCAGGCGUGCCAUGGAUCUUGUUGGACUCCCUCUGGACGAGGAUGAGGCUGUGUGGUUCGAAGAGACUUUGUUGCGUGGGAAGGCAAGCUCAUUGCCUGGGGCCAAAGAUACUGUGAUGAUGCGCCGUCUGGCCAUCGGACAAAUGGGAGGACUUGCGCCUGAGUUGGAGUCGAUGGGUGGCAAGAAGGUGGACGGCCUUAAUUGGGACGAUCUACGGGAAGGCAUGCGAGGAGUCUGA